UAACCACUUAUGCUGAAAUAUUAUCAGCUUGUAAAAGUUAUCUCAUCAAUAACUUCCAUGUUUUACAUGUUUGUUAACAUGAAUUGACAAGCCUGAAGAACGUGUAGGAACUUCGAAUUGGAGGAUUUCCAAAUCUAUUCGUUGAUUAUCUUUCUAUUACAACACAAAAUUUCACAAUUUAAGCCUUUUACGACUGAUAAAUAAAUGCAAAGUAAAACUGAACAAUCAAGGAUAAUGGCUGUUAUUAUCAAAGUAUAAGUCAGUUCGUGGUUAUGUGAUCAAUUCAUUAUUAAAUUUACAUUUUUUCAUUCACUUUGCUUGUUGUUCAAUCAAAUAGCACAAUGUCUGCUCCACAACUCAAUACAUUAACUCGUCUGAUCAAAUUAUCCCAUCUGAAAAGCCAAUCGUUUGUACAUUUGAAUAAUAUCGCAACUCUAAAUGUACGACUAUCUUCGACGACUUCAACAGCCAAUGUUAACAACACUGGCCAAAGCUUAGUAUCGAAAUCAAGUGAUGAAAUUGCUGUGAUCAAUAGAAAGGGCAUUUUAACACUUCGAUUAAAUCGACCUGACAAGAAAAAUGCCAUUUCCAUUUCAAUGUACGAUCAAAUAAGGGAGACUUUUAGUAAAGCUGCCACCGAUGACAAUGUUAAAAUGGUUCUAGUCACUGGAACUGGCGAUUACUAUUCAAGUGGAAAUGAUUUGGCCAGUGGCUUUGGUUCAGGAAUGCUCAAAUCUUUACGCGCCCAGCUUCAACAAAAAGAUGGUAAUAGUGAGAUUAAAUUGACGCCUGAAACGUGUAAAAUGGCCGACGAAUCUGCACAACUGGCUGAACAAUUUGUCAAUUCAAUAAUUGAUUUCCCAAAACCUUUAUUUGCGGUUGUUAAUGGUCCAGCUUUUGGCAUUAUGGUUACUACUUUGGGUUUGUGCGAUAAUGUCAUCUGUUCCGAUAAAGCUAUAUUUGUGACUCCAUUUUUGUCCACAUCGCAAGUACCUGAAGCGUGUUCAUCGUACACUUUCCCUCGAAUCAUGGGAACAUCUCGAGCCAAUUCACUCUUGCUCUUCAAUCAAACUCUGACUGCUCAAGAAGCUUAUAAUUCUGGUUUAGUUUCCAAAGUUGUUCCUCACGAGCAACUCGACCAAUACGUUGAAUCAUUACUGUUUGAUGAUAAAAAAGGAUUAGCCAGUUUCGAGUCAACAAUAACCUGGACCAAAGGUAAACCAUUAAUCAGAGAUGAAAAGGAAAAGGAACUUUUAAGAAAAGUAAAUCAUAAAGAGUGUCAGGAAAUUGCGGAAACGUGGAAGUCACCAGAUUUUGCUAAAGCUAUGCUAAAAUUUUUCAAUCGCAAAAAAUAAACCUUGAAUCGACUCAAGGAUUCAAGAAAUGUCAUUAUUUUUCAUGAAUUGUUUAUAUUUUAAUCAAUCUUUACAUUUUCUGAUUGCAAUCAAUCGACAGCAUAACUAUUUCUAGAAACCUUAAAGCUUAUAAUUUUUCUAGUACAUUGUAUAUUAAUAACAUGAUAAAUUU